GUCGAAGUGGCUAUGUUGUGAGAGCUAACUGCCCUGGAGUCAGCAUUACCAUUUCUUCAUCGUGCACGCAGAGUUCAUUUGUAUUCUGUGCUGCUUAUCUAUAAGAGCACAUAUCGUAUCGCGGGCUAUUGCAGUCAACAAACAACGAUGGUUUUCGCAUUCGACCCUAAUGUUAUUCGGGACAGACUGAGGACGGACAUAGGUUUGCGAAAUCUUUCAAUAUAUGCACAAUGGUACGGCGCGCUCAUGAGGGAUCGUGAUAAGCAACUGAUCAUCAUAGGGUAUCUGUAACUGCAGCGACCUUAUUAUACUUGCCCACAUUCUACGCACUUUACCGCUAUCUUGUUAUCCUUGAUAGCGAUGAAGUUCAUGGCUUUAUGUCAUUGCUUGAUCUUACUCUGGACUUGGGCCCCUUUAACCUUCUGUUCCCUCUUGUUAUUCUAGGGGUGGAACUUCCUCAUUAUAUCCGCCCUCAACCACUCCUAUACUGGUCAACAGCCACGUGGCUUGCGAUGCCACCUCGUUAUCUCUGCGAAUUGUUGGCUCUUGAACAUGAGAAUCCUUUCAAUAUCCCCACGAAGAUCAGAGUCGCAUCGGUUGUCGUCUUCUUUUUCUGCCUGCCCACGCUUAUGAUCACAUUGGCAACCUUAGGAAUCCUUCUUGAGGGGUCAAGGUUCAUACUGCCAAACAUACUGGCAGGGAGGGUUCUGAUCAAUCUUCUAUACUGUAUACAGCUGAGCCUCCCUGCUGUAUCCUACAGCUUCUACAGAUUCCGAGUUGAAGGUGGUUUGGUUAACGGGUUCAUGAGUCUGCUUUUCUGGUUCUCAGCGUGCCUGUUCGGCGUAGCAACCUUGCUGUAUAUUGCUGCAAGCAGAAGACGACACUUUUAUGUAUCUAGUACGUUGUUGGGAGGAAACGGCAUACAGCCCAUGGUCCUUUGGCUGCCGGGAACAGGACCGUCUCAUCAGUCUGUUGGGAACGAGGCUCAAGAGGGCACGAUCCGGCUAGUGUAAGAUGUAUGCAGCGAAAAUUGUCUGUAGCAAGAAUUCAAUAGA